AUAAUUACAUUUCAGAUAGCGCUGCUUGACCAUGUCGUCAUCUUUGUGCGACUGCUAUCGUUUCUCUCCAGGAAGCAAAAUUAACAGGGCAGUUUGUCUUUGCUAAGAAGAAGGUGAAACGAUGUCUGGAAGUUUUUAUUUUGUCAUGGUUGGUCACCAGGACAACCCUGUGUUUGAGAUGGAGUUCUUGCCAGCUGGGAAGGUUGAAUCAAAGGAUGACCAUCGUCACCUGAACCAGUUCAUUGCACACGCUGCCCUGGAUUUGGUUGAUGAAAACAUGUGGCUGUCCAACAAUAUGUACUUGAAAACUGUAGACAAGUUCAACGAGUGGUUUGUUUCUGCCUUUGUUACUGCAGGACAUAUCAGAUUCAUCAUGCUGCAUGAUGUGCGACAAGAAGAUGGAAUCAAGAACUUCUUUAAUGAUGUAUAUGAUUUAUACAUUAAGUUUGCAAUGAAUCCAUUUUAUGAAAUCAAUGCACCGAUCCGCUCAACAGCUUUCGAGAGGAAAGUACAGUUUCUUGGAAAGAAACAUCUCCUGAGUUAAUUACUUCAUAUACACAAGUACUUUAAUGUGUCUUUCCUAUUUGUACAUAUACACAACCCAUAAUUGAUGUAUGUCUUUUCUAUUAAACAUUUUCUUGUCUGA